AUGUCGAAUGUCAAGGUAGUCUGCCGAUUCCGACCGCCCAAUGCGCUCGAGCUCAGGGAGGCCGGCAACGAGCCCAUCGUGAUCAUCAACGACGAGGGAAACAGCGUCAAGCUGAAGUCCCAGGAGGGCAUGAAGGGCCCCGAUGCGGCCGGAUUCACCUUCGAUCGGGUCUUCCCCAUGGACACCAAACAGGUCGAGGUCUUCGAAUACGGCGUCAAGGGCAUCGUCGAAGAUGUGCUGAGCGGUUACAACGGGACGGUGUUUGCGUAUGGACAGACUGGCUCAGGGAAGACAUUCACGAUGAUGGGUGCCGAUAUCGAUAGCGGCGAAUUGAAGGGUGUGAUCCCCAGAAUAACCGAACAUAUCUUUGACUCCAUCAUGUCCAGCCCACACAACAUCGAAUACCUCGUCAAAGUCAGCUACAUGGAGAUUUACAUGGAAAAGAUCCGCGACCUGCUGGCCCCUCACAACGACAAUCUGCCUAUUCACGAGGACAAAAGCCGCGGGGUGUACGUGAAAAACUUGUCAGACUUUUAUGUUGGUAGUGCUCCAGAGGUAUAUGAAAUCAUGAGGACAGGAGGCGAGGCUCGAAAGGUAUCAUCAACCAUCAUGAACGCCGAAUCAUCUCGAUCACAUUCCAUCUUUGUGAUCACCAUCCAACAGAAGAAUCUUGAAACGGGCACCCAAAAGAGCGGCAACCUGUUUCUGGUCGAUCUGGCUGGGUCGGAAAAAGUCGGAAAGACUGGCGCGAGUGGCCAGACCCUGGAAGAGGCGAAGAAGAUCAACAAGAGUCUUUCGGCACUUGGGAUGGUCAUCAACGCUCUGACGGAUGGUAAAUCGGCCCACAUUCCUUAUCGAGAUUCAAAGCUCACUCGUAUCCUGCAAGAGUCUCUUGGAGGGAACUCCCGAACAACACUGGUGAUCAACUGUUCGCCAUCAGCUUACAACGAGGCCGAAACACUAUCGACUCUGCGUUUCGGAAUGCGGGCGAAAUCGAUCAAGAACAAGGCGAGAGUGAACGCGGAGCUGUCGUCAGCCGAGCUGAAAGCGCUGCUGAAGAAGGCCCAGAACGACACGGGCCGACAGCUAUCGUACAUCACCCUACUCGAGGGCGAACUGACGAUAUGGAGGAGCGGGGGCCAUGUGGAUGAGCAAGACUGGGCGACGAUGGAGAAGGCACUGGGUGUCAAGCUGAACGUCAGCGAGGCCGGGGCAGUCAGUGUGGGCUCGAGUCUUACGCCGAAAGCCGGGACGAGCGGGCGAGAGACGCCGAGCACGCCGAACAGCGCCCUCGGCCGCCCGGGGGGCGCUCUGGCCAGCAACCCCGCCUUGGACGCCCUCCGCGAGCUCGGGGCCCGGCCGGAAACACCGUCGAUCAGCUUGGAACGCGACGAGCGAGAGGAGUUCUUGCGCAGGGAGAACGAGCUGAGCGAUCAGCUGGCCGAGAAGGAGGAGGCCUUGGCCAAGCAGGAACGCCGGAUGCAAGAGAUCCAGGAGGAGCUGAGCUUCUUCAAAGAGCAGGAGUCGAGCAUGUCAGCCGAAAACAAAGUGAUGGCGGCAGACCUGAACGAGCUUCGCCUACAGGUCGAGAAGCUGACGUACGAGAACAAGGAGGCGGCCAUCCUGGGCGAUGCGACGCGGGAACAGAACAACGACUUGAGCAACGAGCUCGAGGAGCUCAAGAAGACGAUCGUCGAGCUCAAGGUGGCGCAGAAGUCGAUGAAUGACGAGGGCAAGCAGCGCAAGAAGGCGGAGAAGAUGGCCCAGCUGAUGGCCGGGUUUGAGUCGACUGCUCUGUCGGAGAAGGAGGACGAGAUCCGGGCGACGCUGCAGAAGCUGGACGAGGCGGCGGAUGUGGACCGGGCGCUGUCGACGGAAGACCUUCUGCUGCUGAAGCGGCAGCUGACGGACUCGCAGAUCCUGGCGAACGAGUCGACGGAGCGGGCGAAGAAGGCGCAGGAGGAGAUCGAGCUGCUGAGCCGGCGGAAGGAGGAGCUCGAGAACCGGCUGGGCCUGCUCGAGCAGGACUACGAGGACCUGCUGGAGCGGGCGUCGGCGGCGGUCGGGGCGGGCGGGCUGGCGAGCGGGGAGGAUGCGCACGAGCUGGAGAGCAUCAAGGCCAAGCUGGACGCCCAGAGCCAGCUCAAGCGUGAGGCUACCCUGGCGGAGAUCACGGACCUGAAGCAGCAGCUGGACAUCAAGGUGCACGAGAACCGCAGCCUGCUGGUGACGAUCGAGAACCUCAAGAGCGGGAACGAGGAGCUCAAGCGCGCCUUUGCGGUGACCGCCGCGGGGAUCGAGGGCGGCAAGGAUCUCGCCGAAAGCGCCAAGGAGAUGGAGCGCAUCCGGAAGACUAUGGCCUCCCAGCUGUCCGAGUUCGAUGGGAUGAAGAAGAGCCUGAUGCGCGAUCUGCAGAACCGCUGCGAAAAAGUGAUCGAGUUGGAGAUCUCGCUGGAUGAGACGCGCGAGCAGUACAACAACGUGCUGCGGAACUCGAACUCGAAGGCGCAACAGCGGAAGAUGGAGUUCCUGACGCGGAACCUGGACCAGCUGACGACGGUGCAGAAGCAGCUGGUGGAGCAGAACAGCAUCCUGAAGAAGGACGUGUCGAUUGCGGAGCGGAAGCUGGGUGCGCGGAACGACCGGAUCAGUGCGCUGGAGGGCCUGCUGGGCGAGGCCCAGGACCGGCUGAAUGCCCAGAACGCCAAGUUCGAGCUCCAGCUCAACGCCGUCCGCGACCGGCUCAGCCAGGCGCGCGCCCACCAGGACAAGCUCCCCGGGCCGGCCGGCUCCGGCGCGCUCGGCGGCGGCGGCGGCCUCGUGUUCGGCAGGAUCGCCAAGCCCCUCCGAGGCUCCGGCGGCCUCGUCCCCAGCCCCGACCCCUCCGCCUCCAAUGCCGAGCCUGCCAAGCGCUCCUCCUGGUUCACCCGCAAAUGA